GCGGGCGGGAUGUUUGCAGUGCGCGUGCGCAGCCUGAAGACGCGCCGACGUAGUCUUUAGGCGCCAGCGAGCACCGGGGAAGAUGGCGGAACGCAGUCAUAAGUCCGUGCUAUUCGUGUGUCUGGGUAACAUUUGCCGGUCACCCAUUGCAGAAGCAGUUUUCAGAAAACUUGUAGCUGACCAAAAUGUCUCAGAUGAUUGGAGGAUAGACAGUGCGGCCACAUCCACAUACGAAGUGGGAAAUCCCCCUGACUAUCGAGGGCAGAGCUGCAUGAGGAAGCAUGGCAUCCCCAUGAGUCACACUGCCCGGCAGGUUACCAAAGAAGACUUUGCUACAUUCGAUUACAUACUGUGUAUGGAUGAAAGCAAUCUGAGAGAUUUAAAUAGAAAAAGUAAUCAAGUUAAAAACUGCAAAGCUAAAAUCGAACUGCUUGGGAGCUAUGAUCCACACAAACAACUCAUUAUUGAAGAUCCCUAUUAUGGAAACGACUCGGACUUCGAGCUGGUGUACCAGCAGUGUCUCCGGUGCUGCAGGGCCUUCCUAGAGAAGGCCCACUAGGCCAGCACUGCCCUCAGCCAAGCCAGCGACUCACCCCACUAGUCCUGUGCCUAAGUGUAGUGGCGUUCCUUAGCCCCAGCCCCUGUUGUUUCUUCAGCUGACUGACUCUUUCUUAUCUUAAAAGUAAUUGUAGGUGACAAUUAGUUUUAUUUAUCCAAGAAUAAAAAGUUUUUGUUUGAGGAAAUUAGUUGACUAGUUGAACUUCUCACUUUGCUGAUUACAAAACAGUGGAACAAGCAAAUGUGGGAGAACAAAAUACAACUCAGGAAGUAAUAAUGACUGAGCUCCAGAAGACCUGGACAGUUUGGUCUACCUGGCAUGUUGCCUGCCUAGCAAUGUAGCGCCACUGCUCCCUGUGUAUCGUGCUGACCUGGGCUCGUGCAGAGUCACAAUAGCUCUACUGAUAGCAGCUCCUCUGCCUACCGGAGAAAUGUUCUAGAUCAGUUUACUCACAGUACACACAUGUUUAAGACAGAAGCAAGGCAUGGGGUGCCUGUAAGUCCAGCACAGGGAAGCUGGGCAGGAGAAUCAUAAGUUCAAGCCAGCCUGGGUGAUAGCUUGCCUUAGGAUAACAACACAAAAUAAGGAAGAUUGGAUUGGUGAAAUAACUCUUUAGCCUUUUUACUGCUUGUUUCUUUGUGUCUAGUUCAUUUCAUGGGAGUAAGAUUAUUUGCUCCCAUUUGAGCCACUUUGCCUUGAAGAAUUGAAUUCUGUAUUGGAAGUACACUUGUUUGCAGGUUACCUUUGGUCAGUAGAGAGUAGGUUUUCCAUACACCUGCAACUCAUCAAGUGUCCAAAAGAAAGGACCAAAUGUGAAAAGUUUUAAAAAUUGCAGAGUCCCGUUACUUUGGUGUGCUGUAAGGGUAUGUUAGUGAUUGCUCUUUCACCAGCACUUAGUAACGCUCAGGCAAACAGCUAACUUUGGUGCGCCAUCAAUUAGCUCACCUCACACCAUAAAGAUAUUUCAGAAAAGACUGUCUUCAAAAUAAACUGUGGAGUUACAUAAGAUAAAUCUGGUGUUGGUCUGCUUUGUUAAUGACAAGUAAAAAGCAUUUGCAAACAU